UGCUAGGGAUCCUAAAACCAACUUAAAAAAUAAAAAAAAAUCCCCGGCCAGGGGCAAGGAUCGGUAUCAAAGAAUUUUGAGGAGUCGAGUGUUUCAUCUCCACCAGAGCGGACAUGACGGAGCCAGUUAUAGAUAAUAAGUGCAGUAAGUGCUUAUCAGACUCUUCUCCGCUAGUUGUCGCCAGAGCUUGCGACCACAAAUUCUGCGUGAAUUGCAUCAUAAUCCUCUGGUCCCGCCAGAAACUUACGGAACCUUGUGUAUGUCCCGUUGAUGGAGAAAAGAUUGUCCGGUUAGGUCUUCCUAUGAUUCAUACAGCUGAGGAGAUUUGGGCCCUUGUCGACGUUUAUAAUCCUUUGUUCAAUCAAAAGCAUGUCCCGGGCAUUGCUGAGAGACAACUUGAGCGUUUUUUGACACGUAUGUAUUGUGUCCAUGUGGCUCUUAUAGCCAUGGGAGCAAUGGCUUAUUACAUGAAGAAGGGAUAAAGUGGAUGGAGCAAAUGUUAUAACACGAUUGAGGAGUAUGUAUGGAACGAUGAACGAGCAUGUAUGGAUUGUGCCUUAGAACAACCUUUUCUUUAUAUAAAAUGGGAAUCCGCAGCUUGUAGGGUUCUCGUGGAACCUCUGAAUUGGCGUGUAGUAGUUGCCAUUAUGAGGAUCUAAUUAGUUGCCGUUUUAUACUCUAAAUUCUGGUAACGGAUCUGGGUCAUUUUGGUCACUGUUAAUCUCUAGUCUAACAUCAAAAAGCAACAAAGUAGUAGAUAAAGGGAUGAAGCCAAAUUCCCGAGUUGAUAUCUUGA